AUGUCAAACCAGCAAAAAAACGAUGAAAUUCAUAAAAUUUUAACUCAACUUCAAAUCAGAUCAAAAGACACAGGUAGAUUAUUAAACAAAUCAAAAUCAGAAAACUUAUCAUCAUCAAAAGACCUAAAACAAAUCAAACUCACCUUACAUGAAUUAAAUAGACUUAGUGAAUCAUCGAAUCCAUCCGGUUUUCAACUAUACAAACCUGUUGGAAAAAUGUUUAUGCUGAAACCUGAAAAGGUUAUCAAAGAUGAAUUAAUUCAAAAAGAAAAGAUUGUUCAAGAGAACCAAAGCAGGUUAGAAACUAAAAUAAAAAGUUUAGAAUCCGAAGUGGAAACUAAUCAAAGAGCUCUUAGAGAAAUCAUGAGAUCAAUCGAUCAUGAAUCUUCUUAA